AUUUUUUCUGCUGUAAAAACGGCUGUGUGGUGAUAUGCCAUCAUGUAAGAUAACACAACAUAUAGAUAUACAAACGGUGUAAAAAGUCACAGAAUUUUGGAUGUGGUGUAUUUAGUCGCCAAUUAACCAAUUUUUAGAAAGUUUGUGAAAGUGUUUCCUUUUCGGGGUGCUAACGUUCAAAUGUUCAUUGACACAUAACAGCGAAUAAAGUUCGUAAAGCGGCUCAAACGGAACGUGUUAUCGCUUUCUUGUAAAAAGGAUUUGUAACUUUUCACAUUAAAACCAAUUUGUGUGAAGUCAAUUUCUAAUCAAAUUUCGCAAAUUAAUUUACUGACUAAUUUAAUUCGAAAAAAGUUUUUCUUUCCUAACUGCUUGGAAAAUGCAAUAACGAAAAUAAUUACAAAACGAGCGAAAUGUUUUGCACACUCCCCGAUUAUAAUAUCGAAAGUUUCGUAAAUUGAAUUUCUUGGGGAAUUUCUGUUCAAAUGUUGAUUGCUAAUUAAGUGCAUUAAAUGAAGCCUCAAACUGAAAGUAAUUAGCCGGAAAAGACGGAUAACAAAGAAAAGGAGUGUGGCAGGUGUAUAGAAAUUUAUCGUUUACAAUGUACGGUCUUUUGUUGGAAAAUCUUGCCGAGUACGUGAAAAUCAAUUAUGGCGAAGAGAAAUGGGAAGACAUACGACGACAAGCUGGUAUUGAUUCACCGUCAUUCAGUGUUCAUCAGGUGUAUCCAGAGAAUCUGUUACAGAAACUGGCGAAAAAAGCUCAACAGGUACUAGGCGUAUCGGAACACGAAUUUAUGGAUCAAAUGGGUGUUUGUUUCGUCAGUUUUGUCAGCCAGUACGGAUACGACCGAGUGCUGUCAGUGCUGGGACGACAUAUGAGAGAUUUCCUUAAUGGCUUGGAUAAUUUGCAUGAAUAUUUGAAAUUUUCAUACCCACGCAUGAAAGCGCCGUCGUUCAUAUGCGAAAAUGAAACAAAACAGGGUUUAACGUUACACUAUCGAUCAAAGCGUCGCGGCUUUGUUUAUUAUACAAUGGGACAAAUCAGAGAGGUGGCCAGACAUUUUUACAAUAAAGAAAUGCACAUUGAACUGGUGAGAGAGGAAAUCCUAUUCGACACGGUCCAUGUCACAUUUCAGCUAACUUUCGACAAUCGAGCGUUCACAUUGGCAUCGUUGGCUAUGACAAGAGAAGAGAAACAUUUGCCAAUUAGUGCGGCCGUUUUAUUUGAAAUUUUUCCGUUUUCUAUAGUUUUCGGUUCUGAUAUGUUGGUACGAAGUAUUGGCAAUUCGUUAAUGGUUAUCCUUCCGGAUUUAGUGGGCAAGAAAAUCACAAACUGGUUUGAUCUUGUUCGGCCAAUGAUUGCGUUCAAAUUUCAAACGAUCUUAAACAGGACAAACAACAUCUUUGAACUAGUCACAGUUGAACCAGUGUCACAGGAUCAUUUAAGCUCAGAAAAUAAACUCGAACUUAUCAUCAAAGAAGAAGAAGCGGAAGAAGAAAAAAACUUAAGACUCAAAGGACAAAUGAUUUACAUGGACAACUGGCGAAUGCUGAUGUUUUUGGGUACGCCUGUUAUGCCCGAUUUGACGGCGCUAAUACAUACUGGACUUUACAUAAAUGAUUUGUCCAUGCAUGAUUUCAGUAGAGACUUAAUGUUAGCUGGCACCCAACAGUCCGUAGAAUUAAAGUUAGCACUCGACCAGGAACAACAAAAAUCAAAGAAACUGGAAGAGUCAAUGAGGAAACUCGAUGACGAAAUGAGACGCACUGAUGAAUUACUGUAUCAAAUGAUACCGAAGCAAGUGGCCGAUCGGUUACGUCGCGGCGAGAAUCCAAUUGACACCUGCGAAAUGUUCGACAAUGUGUCGAUUCUGUUCUCGGAUGUGGUCACAUUUACGGAGAUCUGCAGUCGCAUAACGCCAAUGGAGGUAGUUUCAAUGCUCAAUGGAAUGUACUCAAUAUUCGACAAUUUAACGGAACGGAACAAAGUCUACAAAGUAGAAACGAUCGGCGAUGCGUACAUGGUGGUAUCGGGUGCGCCGGAAAAGGACAUGAAUCAUGCGGAAAAAGUCUGUGAUAUGGCACUGGAUAUGGUGGAAGCGAUAACGGAUUUGAAGGAUCCGUCCACAGGCACACAUCUUCGGAUACGUGUCGGAGUACAUUCUGGUGCCGUUGUAGCUGGUAUAGUAGGACUAAAAAUGCCUCGGUAUUGUCUGUUUGGCGAUUCGGUCAACACUGCAUCGCGCAUGGAAAGUACAAGUACGGCCAUGAAGAUUCAUGUGUCACAAACGACCAGAGACUUGUUGAGCGAAAGUUAUAAAUUAGCAGAACGUGGAGAAAUUGAAGUGAAGGGAAAGGGAACUAUGAAAACUUACUGGCUGGAAGAUCGAGAAUUCCGUUCCAAAUUAAUAAUGCCGGCAAUAAAGCAACAAGUGGAAUCGCAAGCCAUUGCCAUUGUAGCGACUGACGCAAGGAAGGCAUCAUUUCAAGACAAACGGAACAGCAUAUCGUUCGGGUCGAGUAGAAAAGGAUCAGGAACUGUUGCAGCGAUGUCACCAAAUACGGCUGACGAUCGUCGAAUCUAUUCGCCGGUUACAUUCGAUGAUGUAGCCCAGAAAAGCUUCGCUAAUUCACCCGUUCGAUCGCUUUACAGUGCCAGGGGCCGAGAUUCCCGAUCAAAUUCGACGGGACAUGUUAUGAUGUACACUCCAAGCGAUUUGUUCGGUUCGCUCGUCAGUGAUACGGAGCAUUUAUUCGACGAAAUACAGAGCCAUCGAGCAUCAUCGGCUAAAAAUGUGCACGGAUCUCCAACUCCAUCACUGUCGAUGAGCCCACCGCCCGAAUUGCCCGGUAGAUCAACACGCACAUCAUUCGACGAAAAAGUCACGAGUCAUCAUGCUAAGAAUACACUGAUGACCGCAUCUAAUUCCAAAACAACGGAAAGUAAGCCAUCGGUGCAUUCGGCGUUGGAAUUGAAAAAGACUCUGUUGCUGUCGGAAAAGAAAGCGAAACAGGCAAAGACAUUCGAACAAUUAGACCAAAUGAUGGAGGAAAUAUUGGAGAAUGACAUACCGGGCAUGUGUACAUUCAACUUUGGCAUAUCGCCGAAAAUGCCACCUAAUUCAUUGUCUGAUGGGAACAUUGCGAUGCGAUCUAAUGUAAAUGGAGCACAGAAACACAUACCAAAUAGUCAAAGUUUUACAAGCACCAGAGAGCAUCAUUGUUGCGCUGGUGCUACAGCUACUAUCCAUCAUGCAAAUGGUAGACAUCACCGCAUUCAUUCGAAUGCCUGCAAUUUACUGUAGGUCGUCAAUUUGUUAAUGGCAUCAACAAUGAAAAAAAUGUCAAUUUGAUUGUUGCAUCACUAAUAAUCUCAUCGUAGAAAAAUCUAAAAAAAUUAUUUAUUGUAAUUCUGGGUGUGUGUAUACGUGUGAAUUAUAGAAAAACUGAU